AUGACUGUUGACCGUAAAAUUUGUAUGAUUCCUGGCCCCAUUGAAUUCCAUGAGGAUGUUUUGGCCGCCAUGGGAACUCCCGCUACUUCUCAUGUUGAUCCCAACUUUGUCCCCGUCUUUGGUGAGGUGAUCGAAAUGGUCCGCAAGGUUGUCAUUUCCGAAACUGCUCAACCUUUCAUUGUGUCUGGUUCAGGUACCCUUGGUUGGGACAUGAUGGUCAACUUGAUUGAACAAGGUGAUGAAGUCCUUCUUCUCAACACUGGUUACUUUGGUUCUCAUUUCGCUCAAUGUCUUGAAACCUAUGGUGCCAAGGUCACUCAACUCGGUGCUGAAGUGGGUUCUCGUCCUAGCCAAGAAGCUAUCAAGGAAGCUUGUUCCAAGACUCAAUUCAAAUUUGUCACUGUUACCCACGUUGAUACCUCCACUGGUGUCCUCUCUGAUAUCAAGGCUGUUGCUGAAACUGUCAAGUCUGUUUCUCCCAACACUUUGGUUGUUGUUGAUGGCGUCUGCUCUGUUGGUUCUGAAGAGAUCCGUUUCGACGCCUGGAACUUGGAUAUCGUCAUUACUGGCUCCCAAAAGGGUCUUGGUGUUCCUCCUGGUCUCUCCAUUGUUGUUGCUAGUCAAAGAGCUCUCCAGGUCGUCCAAGAGAGAAAGACACCUGUGCCUUCAUACUACUCCAACUGGAACAAGUGGCUUCCCGUCAUGCAAGCCUACGAAGCUCGCAAGCCUUCUUACUUUGCCACUCCCGCUGUUCAACUCAUCUAUGCUCUUCACGCUUCUUUGACCAAGGUCCUCAGCCAACCUCUUGAAGUUCGUUUUGAAAAGCACCGUCAAGUCGCUUCUCAAUUCAGACAAACUGUCAAGAACUGGGGUCUCAAGCAAGUGGCUCAAUGUGAAGCUUGUUCUGCUAACGGCAUGACCGCCAUCUGGCUCCCUGAAGGUGUUCAAGUUGGUGCUCUUGUUGGUGGUCUUGCUGGUAAGGGUGUUCAAAUCGCUGGUGGUAUCCUCAAGGACCGUGCUACUGAAUAUUUCAGAAUUGGCCAUAUGGGUAUCUCUGUCAUGGAAGAUGAACGUCAACACAUCAAGAAGGUGGAGAGCGCUUUGGCCAACUCUUUGAACGAGCUCGGCUACAAGGGUGCCUCUGCUUGA